AUGCUAACGCCGACUCGUAUCCUCCGUGCGUCAUGGUCCAAUACCCUACGAUUGCCAAAAUCAAAUUUCCCGCCGCGACCGUUGGCGUCCGCAAAUCGAGAGUACCUGCGACGAUGUACCGAUGAGCUGUAUGCCUGGCAGCGGAGCUCAGAACGCAUUGGGCCAACAGGAAGCUUUACGCUACAUGAUGGACCGCCAUACGCGAAUGGACCGCUGCAUAUUGGGCACGCGCUGAACAAGAUUACAAAAGACGUCAUAUGUAGAUUCCAGGUUGGCCAGGGAAAGAAGGUCUCAUAUAUUCCUGGUUGGGACUGCCAUGGAUUGCCCAUUGAGAUCAAGGCACUACAGGCGCAGAAGAAGGAUGCUGCACAAACGGAUCCUGUGAGCGUACGUGAGGCUGCGCGCGAGUUAGCUGCACGGACAAUUGAAGAGCAGAAAAAUGGUUUCAAGGAGUGGGCUGUCAUGGGUGACUGGGACAACGCAUAUCAGACAAUGGAGCGGAGCUUUGAAUUGAGGCAGCUGGAAGUGUUCAAGGCCAUGUUCGAGAAGGGCCUCAUCUAUAGGCAGUUCAAGCCAGUAUACUGGAGCCCAAGCUCAAGAACAGCGCUCGCAGAAGCCGAGUUGGAGUACGACGAGGGACACAAGAGCUUGGCGGCUUUUGUGCGGUACCCAGUGCAAUUGUCCGAGACUCUGAAAACCGGAGCGCUAAAGGAUGUCAAAAGCGAGGUCAACGUAGUCAUCUGGACAACCACUCCCUGGACCCUGCCAGCGAACAAGGCUAUUGCAGUACACCGCGAUAUGCAGUAUUGCAUCGCCAGGGAUGCAGAAAAUAAUGAUGAACUGAUUCUGAUUGCGACUUCAAGGGUAGACGAGUACGAAAAGAUUCUGGAGCGCAAGCUUGAGAUUGUCGUACCAGACGUGCGUGGCUCAGACCUUGCUGAUCAAGUUCAUUAUGAGAAUCCGUUCCAGAAGGCAGACGGACUUCAGCCCAUCAUACACGCAGACUUUAUCACAGACUCGUCUGGUACCGGUCUGGUCCAUCUCGCCCCUGGGCAUGGUAUGGACGACUACAAUGUUUGCAUGCCGCUCAACAUCCCGGCUUUUGCUCCCGUAGACGAUGCUGGCGUUUUUACCAAGGAUGCAUUCCCGGAACAGCCGGACCUGCUGGAAGGCCUGCCAGUCACCGAUAUCAAGAAAACGGGUAGUAAUGCUGUCUGCAACUACCUGCAAAAGCUGGGAAUGCUGCGUGGAAAGCAAAAUUACCGCCACAAGUACCCUAUUGACUGGAGAACCAAAGAGCCUGUCAUUACUCGCGCUACAGAGCAGUGGUUUGCAAACGUCGAAAGCAUCAAGGAGGCCUCGAUGAAAGCAAUUGCUGAUGUCAACUUUAAACCUGAAUCUGGUCGGAGCCGUCUGGAGAGUUUCAUCCAAGGUCGCAGUCAAUGGUGCAUUUCGCGGCAACGUGCUUGGGGUGUCCCUAUCCCUGCGUUGUACAAGGUCGAGGGCGAUACGCUCCAAGCGACUAUGGAUUCCAAGGUCAUCGAACAUGUCAUUGGAGUAAUCAAAGAGCGCGGGAUCAAUGCGUGGUGGACAGAUGCGCAGGAUGACCCGGCUUGGAAGCCCAAGCACCUCACUGGUACAUAUGUCCGUGGCAGAGAUACCAUGGAUGUAUGGUUCGAUAGCGGAACAAGCUGGACACUUCUUCCGCAGCAAAAGGACCAGCCUGUAGCUGACGUCUACCUCGAAGGUACUGAUCAGCAUCGCGGCUGGUUCCAGUCAUCGCUCCUCACCCACGUCGCCACCCAGUCCUACUCUACCGAAACGGUCAAAGCGCCGUACAAGACUCUCAUCACGCAUGGCUUCACUCUUGACUCGGACGGCCGCAAGAUGAGCAAGUCGCUUGGCAACGUCAUAUCCCCAUUCCAGAUCAUGUCUGGCGAGCUGCUUCCACCCGUGAAGCGAAAAAAGCACAAGGGCGUCAAGCAGGAUCCGGCCACAAAGCACACACCGACCUACGAUUCCAUGGGCGCCGAUGCCCUCCGCCUGUGGGCCGCAAGCAGCGACUACACGCGCGACGUGACCAUUGGCCAGCCCCUCUUGAUAUCCGUGAACCAAGCGCUGCACAAAUACCGCGUCACCUUCAAGUGGCUUCUAGGUAUCUUCUCUCUGCCAUCGUGUCCGCCUCCCUUUACCUCUUUCAACAGCCUUAUGCCCGACACCACGGUAUUCAGCGAACUUACAGAUCGCCUCGCGGUGCAUCGCCUCGUGCAGGUAAGCCGCGAAGCCCACGAGCACUUUGCAAAGUACGAGUUCUUCAAGGGCGUCAACACGCUCAACAAGUACAUUUCCAUGGACCUCAGCGCCUUUUACUUUGAGACGCUCAAAGACCGCGUUUACACGGGUGACAAGGCAGAUUGCGAAAUGCUCCAGCGGGUUCUGGGCCUUAUAUUCUAUGAGUUACUACAGAUCCUCGCGCCAGUGUGUCCGUUGCUGGUCGAGGAAGUCUGGGACCACGUUCCGGACGCGUUGAGGCAACACAGUAUCCAUCCUGCUCGCGCCGUGUGGUCGUCUCUGGCCCCUCUGACGCAGACGGAAUCAGCGAGUCUAGAGUCUAUGGGCGAAACGACUAGCGCGCUCGGUGCUGCCAUCAAGAUUGCACAGGAGCGUGCUCGCGCAGACAAGAAGAUCGGAUCCAGUCUUGAAUGCAGCGCUACCAUCUAUCUGCCUGUCCCAGGUCUCGAGAAACUAAGCACCGACUUUGCAAACUGUAUGCAUCCGCUGCGUCUGGAAGCUGCCGAUGUGGAAGCCCAGUUUGCGGGCUUAUUCGUCAUUAGCCAGGUGCGAAUCCGCGCGCUACCAGAAGCAUCGGCGUCGGUCUCAGACCUUGGCUUUUCAACCGAAGACGCAGAGCAGAUGAAGACUCAAUGGGCGUGGGCGGAAGAAGAAGCCGUUGUAGUAAGCGGAGAUGGAAACGGUAUACUUGCGAACGCGAGAGUGCUUGUGCAUCCUCCCAGCCGCGAAAAGUGUCCGCGGUGCUGGCGCCAUGUCAGGGAGGAAACGGAGGAUGUGUGUGCGAGGUGUGGGCAGGUUGUUUCGCAGCAGGGUGGGAUGUAGUAAGGAGGAUGAAGUAAAG